AAAAAAGUGCUAAAAACAGCCGUGCUGUGCAUGCAGAAUAGCAACAAAAAAAACCUAUAAAUAUACAGUGCUCAAACACCACUUAGCACUUAAACAACAAGCCAAAACAAUAGAAACAAAAACAAAGCAACAUUGCUACACAUUUCUUGAAGCCAAGCCCGAAAGUGUCACCGCCAAGACGUACGUGCGAAAAAUGUUUUGGGACAAGAGUUAUGCGCCCUCAGCGAACAUAGAGGCGCUGCUGGAGAAGGAGGGCUCGACGCUAGAGGAAUUUCUGGACGAGGAGGAUAUACUGCAGGAAUGCAAAACGCAGAAAAAGAAUCUCGUCAAUUAUAUUACACGGCCGGAUGUAAUACGACGACUCGUCGAGCUAAUCACAACGGAACCAGCCGAGGAUUUGCCAAUUGCGCAGCGUUUUCGCUAUGCAAACAUGUCCUGUGAGAUACUCACACUCGGCCUACCGUCCCUGGAUGAGAAGCUGCUGUCGGAUGCGGAUACGCUGCAAUUGCUGUAUUCAUAUCUGGAAAAGGAACCACCGUUAAAUCCAUUGCUAUCAUCGUUUUUUAGCAAAACGUUUAGCAUGCUCUUCACCAAAAAGCCUGAACAAGAUUGGUUUUUGUAUCAACAUAUGUGCCUACAACUUUUGGAGUAUAUUAAAUCGCAAAAGACCUUCUUGGAUUUCAUUUGCAAACACUUUGACACACCCGUCAUACCCGAUCUGAUCAUGCAAAUGAUGAAGGACAUCGAUGGUGGUCAACUAAAGCGCAAUCUAUACGAGUGGUUAACUGAAGAUAAAAUUGUUGAGAGACUGAUUGCAGUAAUGCGUAAUCCUCAAGAGACCGAUAAGCAUGCAAAUGUUGCAGACUUUUUCUGUGAUCUAAUCCAUCAGGGGCGUCUGAUGCGUCAAACGGAGCAGGAGAACGAUUCAUUUGAGCCGGCAUUCGAGGGCUCCAAUCCCAUACUGCGCACGAUUGAAUCCGCACAGACAAUAGAAGCCUUGUUAAAUGUGAUUUUGGAACCAAACGCUCUCGAGAGCGCCAUCUUAUCAGGAAUAUCGGUUGUACUUACGCUUAUCACGCCCAUCACGUUCACUGAUGAGCCAAACUCGGAUCGCCAGCGUAUGCUGCAGAAACGUGAGCAUGAAUUUCAUCAGGAAGUGCAGGAGACUGUGAUUACGGUUAUAGCGCCACGCCUACACGAGUUCUUGCGUGUGCUGAAGAAUCCGCCCGCGAAACCUAGUCUGGAGACAACGGCGGCGGUAUUGUCGCCACCAUUUGGCAAGACGCGUCUUCAGGUCUGUCGUGUCUUCACCGCACUGCUGGAGACGAAACACGAGACCAUUCAACAGGCCAUCUGUGCCACCGACUAUUUUGCUUUAUUGCUGAAUUAUUUCAAGGAAUACUGCUGGAACAAUUUUCUGCACAGCGAAUUGGAGAAGGCCAUGAAUUUGGUGUUCUACAAUGGGCUGUCCAACAAUAAUACCACAUCCACUGAGUGCACGGAUAUCUUUCACGAUGAUUACAUCUUUGACUCAACGAUGAAGGCGAAGGUCGGCGAAUUCGAUAAGGAUGAGGCAAUGUUCGCCAAUGAUCGUCCCCCGUCGGGGAAUGAGUUCGAAGCAGCUGUUGCGCAACAGGAAGCAGUUGCAGCUGCAGCUGCAGCAGCAGCAGUUCCAGAAGUUGCAGCUGCAAGCGAGACCGAAGCAGCCGCCACCAGCACCAUGCAGCAGGAGAAUCACAUUGAUAGCGAUGCAGCAGAGAAGGCUGUUCCUGUUACUAAUGCUGCUGCUCCGGCUACUGCUGCUGCUGCACCUGCUGCUCCAGCUACUACUGUUGAUGUUGAUGCAGAACUGAAAGCGACAACGGAUACAACGCAGCCAACGCUCAAUGAUCUGGACAAGACUAAAACGCCAAACAAUCAUCCGCCCACUGAGAUGCAAACAUAUCUGAUUGUCAAUUGCCAACUGGUAUCUAAACUGGUCAAUUACUGGCGGCACAAUGCGGAGGCGCAAUCGGCUGAGAAGGGACGACGGCUGGGCUAUAUGGGUCAUCUGAUUAAGAUCCUUAGACAUAUAACGAAUUGUAUAUCAGAGUCUGAACAUAUCGCUGCCUUGAUUACCACCAGUUUUGCUAACGAAUCCGACCUACAGCUGUGGCAAUCGCUGAUUGAUGCGGACAAAGGUGAAUUUACGUUGGCCAUUGCGCAGCAGAACAAACUGUUGGCCAAUUGCAAUCCGCAUGAGGAGUAUGAAUACAGUGUGGGCAAUUCCAUUGGUGAUACCAAUAGCUGGGACACCGGCGCGCAAUCGUACAGCAAUGUGUGCUACAGUGAUCUGGAUAAUACGCUGCAGGACAUUGUCUUCUCAAUGGACAACGAUCAGAAUCAAUUUGAAUUUGGCAGCAACAUCGACGACGAUGACGACAAUGAUGAUGAGCAUCACCAGCAGCAGCAUGGUGGCAGCAGUGGCGAUGGUCUUGGUCAUGGCAUGUUCACCAAGAAUUCGACGACGCUUAACAACCUGGCUGCCGAUCCUUGGGACAUGGAUGUACAAUUCGCUGACAUAACAGUUGGUGUUGCCGAUGCGAAUAUCGUUAACACUGGCACUGGUAGCUGGGGCACCGAAUUCAACAGUGACAACUUUGCCGAUUUCGAUGCACAUUUCAGCACCUUUGACAGUGAUCUGGGCAUGCCACACACCCGGCCAACGGCAGCUCAACAGCACCAGCAGCAGCCGCCCCUUGCAGCCCCAACGACCAACAGCGAUGAGGAGGAGGAGGAGCACGUGCAAGAAGCACAUAACGAAGAGGAGGAGGAGGGCGAUGUGUCCAUGACUGCAACAACAACAACUAAUAACCCACAACAAACACCAAAUAAUGCAACAACAAGCACAACCAAGGAUCACGAGGACCAGCAGCAGGCGGCGGAGUAUGAUAACAAUGCGAAUGUGGAGAAGGCAGCCAAAGCAGACAUUGUUGCUACACCCGUUGCCACAUCGAUUGUAAGUCGAUUGCAGUCUGUGCUGCUCGACGGCGAGGAUGAUUACGAGGAUGAUGAGGGCAUGUGGACCAAGCCGCUAGGUGGCAACAAUCAGUUGCCAAUGGCAACUGAUCAACAACAGCAACAACAACAUCAGCCUGCCCCAAUUUCAAAUGGACCCAGCAAAGGAAACGAAUUCAACCAUGCCAACAACGACAACAUCAGCGAUGAUCGUGGGGAUAGCAACAUCACAACAGGAUCGGAGCAGUUGGCGGAGCAGCAGCAGAAGAAGUCGGAGAGUAUAGCUGCGACAGCAACAAACAACGCUGAGAUUGCAACAACGACAACAUAA